GAACGACUCUACGUCGAAAUAAAUCUUUAUAAAAAAUGGCGCAAUUGCUCAAUGAUGAUGAAGAGAAUCAAAUUUUUCACGCUCAAAUACUCUAUCGAGAAUGGGGCAGACGCUUUACCGUUUUACAUAAGUUCCUCAAGGGAAUUGAGUACUACAAGAAGUCUACAGAAUAUGGGGAUCAAAAUUUUAUCAUUACACUUAUGAGGCUUAGCGAGGUUUUAAUGAAGUCUGGUCAGUUUACGGAAGCAUCCACAGUCGCUGAAAAAUGCAGGGAAAUAGAUCCAACAAACGUGGUUGCAAACUAUACAAGGAUGGAGGCGCUGUUUGCUGUCGCGGAAUUCUGUCGCAGUCUCGUUUACGCACAACAAGGGGCGCGGCAGAGGAUGACCUUUCGAUUCGCGGUUUUGUUGGCUAACGAGACGAUCGAGGACUGCGUGGGUGCUAAUGUGUCGUCGACGAUGAUGCGAUAUAUUCAACCUUGGAUAACGAAGCUCAGAGAGCAUAGGGAGGAGGUCCUGGAGCGACUUAAUGACUUGGAGGACGAGCUAGAAGGCAUUGGCGACGAGCACACGAGAUUUAAGAUCUCGGAUUCUCAGGCGAAACUGCAAAAGUACCGUACCGAGCACGAUCAUCUAAUGGCCUUGAUGUACCUCGGUGGCACCUGCCACGACAAGCGCUUCCUCCAGGAGCUGCUUCACCGACCGGCUCUCGCUUCCGCCAACAAAGCCGGCAGUCUCUCGCUCCUCGCCUCCAUUAAUAAAUCCCUGACGAGGUCGCAGAGCCAGCAGGAGGCCCUGAGGACGCGCCGGCCACUGUACGCGGUGAAUGCCAGGACCGAAGCGGCGAAGACGCCCGGGCGCAGGUUCGCCCUAUAUCAAGAGCUCCUGCACCGCAGAUGCCUCGCCAAACAGGACGCCAAUUACCUUUUCAAGCAGCUACAUCUGGCCCGCCUGCGCCGGGAUUAUCCCUUCUUUUUCAAGAUGGUGGACCUGGUUAAGGACAAAUUGGAGUCGUAUGGCCGUCAAUUGCUUCCGGAUAUUUACAAAUUGAUGGACGUGCUCUCUCGUAUGGUGGCGCGCGUGUACAUGGACCCGCGUAAUCUGAAGCGCUUUUGCAACGAGUCCGAGGAGGAGAGGACGGACCGAUUGAGACAGCUCCUCGGCAUCAGAACGGCCCGGAUGCUACGGGACAGUGACCUUGCCUGGAUACCCAGCUACGACGUUAAGAAAGCCCUGAACGUCUGCAACAGGAGGCUCUCCCUAACUAAGCACACCCUCGAGGUACUCUGGAUAUUCCAUGAGCUGUGCAAACUCUUCCUCGAGGUGCGCCGCUACGAUCUUGCGCGAUUCUACGCGAAAAAGACGCGCGAGCUGAGCUUGAACACGGGCUACGAGGAAUGGGCGGUGAACGCGAGCCACGUCCUCAUCCGCGUGGAGCUCGUCCAGAGCAACCGUAACGAGGCGCGGGAGGCGGCAAUGGCGGCUUUGCAGUCCGCGCAGAAUCUCAAUGUCGACUUCCUCGUGGACUUUUACGAGCGCACGAUCGUUCUCAUAAACGGAUUGGACUUUGACCGCUUGAGCGAUAACAACAGCAUAGCCGCCCGUCAGCGUCUCAUACUCCAAAUCAUCCCCACGGACCAGAGGCCCAAAAUGGAUCUGCUAUUGAGGUCCAUGGAUGCCGUGUCAGCGAGCAGACGACUGUCCAUCAUGCCCGGCUGCAAGCCGAGGGAAGCGACCGGGCAAAGCACCAAGAAGACGGUCGCGUCUACCGAGCCCAAGAACUACGAGAAGGAGCUGCGCAAUCAUUUGCUCAAAAAGUUCUCACCCAACACGAAGAUCCUUGGCAGGCCCAAUAUAAACGAAUUCAAUUGAUGUUAAUUUCCUUCCUUCGUCCCUCCCUCCCUUCGAAAAUCCCUCUUAUCCCUCCACCACUACCUCCACUUCCA